AUGUUCGACGACGGACCUGGACUUUACUUGGCCACAUUAGCAUGGGCGGUAGCUGUUUUAAGCUGUUGCCGAAAAUAUUGGCUCGAUCGUUCUCGUCCUCCCCUGCCGCCUGGUCCAACCCCCCUUCCGAUAGUGGGAAAUGUUCUCAGUCUUGACACUGCUCAGCCUUGGCUCACUUUCAAUGCCUGGAGAUCCACAUAUGGUGAUAUCGUAUAUGCUCGUCUGCUCAACAAACCUGUCAUUGUGAUAAACUCUGAGGAGGUUGCCAAAGACCUCUUUGAGAGGCGCUCCGCUAUAUAUUCGGAUAAACCCCAAUCCAUUGUUUACGAAUCCUUUGCUUCGGACUUCAACGCAGGGCUCAUGCCACAUGGAGACAGGUGGCGCCUACACCGACGCAUUUUUCAUCAGGCAUUUCGUCAAACCGAGACACCCACUUAUCACGCCGUGCAAAUCCGUUGCGCCCACAAAAUGUUGUUCAGUUUUCUACAAGACCCUGGAAAUUAUCUAAGCCAUGUUCGAAUGUUCUCUGCUUCAUUCAUAAUGUCUAUUGUGUAUGAUUAUGAACCAAAAGCCAAGGAUGACCCCAUCGUCCACGUCAUGCAAAGGUAUUUGGAUGUGAUAACCGCAGCUUUGACACCAGGUGCUACUGCGAUAAUGGAAACGUUCCCUUUCCUUUUGAAGAUACCCUGCUGGUUUCCUGGUGCGACAUUCAAGCGAGCAUCAGUGCAGUGUCUCGACGCAGGCCAUGAUGUAAAGGAGAUACCCUUUCAACGUGUCAAAGAGAGGAUGUCUACCGGCGACGUGGCUCCAUGCUUUGUGACCAAGAGUUUGAACAGGAUGAAGCUUUCUGAAAAGGAUGGCGUAGACACUACAACUGCAAUCAAGGAGGCUGCUGUCAUUGCAUUUGCAGGGGGGGUUGAAACGACUACUUCCACGUUGCUUGUAUUCCUUCUUGCUAUGGUACUCCACCCAGAGGCACAAGCCAAAGCGCACGCGGAGAUUGAUCGAGUCGUUGGCAAAGAUAGACUCCCCGAUUUCGACGAUAGGCCAGCGUUGCCUUACGUAGAAGCUAUCUUGCGUGAAACACUCAGGUGGCACCCUGUGUUUCCGUUUGGCGCCCCGAACGCAACAACGACUAGUGAUAUCUACAAAGGUUAUUUCAUCCCCAAAGGUUGGGCGAUGACACAUGAUGAAACGAAGUACCCUAGUCCUGAUGAAUUCAAGCCCGAAAGAUUUCUCCAUGAUGAUGGGUCCCUUACCGGAGAUACGAUGCCUUUAGGCUUUGGCUGGGGUCGCCGCAUCUGUGUGGGACGGCAUGUCGCGGACGCAUCACUCUGGAUCGUGAUCUCAAGCUUCCUGGCUGCUUUCUCGGUCCACAAGGCUCUUGAUGAACACGGCAUGGAAAUCCCGGUCGUUCCAAAGUUUUCCACAGGGGUCGCUAUUCAUCCAGAGGAAUUUCCCUGCCGCAUUGUCCCGCGAUUCGCCGAUGCGUCCGUGAAGACACUGGCGCGCUUGACUGGCUUAGAUCCGUCCGUCGACAUCAUCGCGUAA